AUGCAGCCGCGCCUGGGCUGCAGCGCCUCCCAGCCGUGUUUGCCCCGCCGGUCAUCUCUGGCGCGGCUGUUCGGGCAGCUGCUCGUCCUCGCGUGGGUCCCGGCGGUCACAGGAGAGGCAGGGCUGACUUUAUUAGCAGAUAAUGAUUGCAAGUACUUGAAGGCAACGGAUGUCAUGCGUAGUUCAGAGUCGAGUUGUUUCUGCUAUGUUCCAAAUGGAGCAAUACACUUAAAAAAUAUUUGGUCAACUAUUCAGGUGAAAAUAAAUUGCACCGAAGUGUUUGAGGUGGUGUCUAUCACGGAGGAGCUUAAUUGUCAAGAUUCAGAACAUUUGUUUGCCUUUUUGAAGUGCUUGAUUAACAAUGUUUGGCAAAUGGGUGCGUCUAAGGAGAUCAUCAUGACAGUGAACCUGUAUGGAAGCAAAACAUGCUUCCAAGUCCAACCCCUCAAAAAAGUACUCUACACAGUGAAUACGCAACAAAAGAUGUUGGAUCUGAGACUCUUUUUGCUGUUCAUUGCUGGUGGCCUUCUCUUUCAUUUUGCACGUAACUUGAGUCGAAGUAUUGUAUUCUAUUAUUCUGCUGGAACAGCAUUUGGUAUUCUUGUCACUCUAGCUUUUCUGCUUUUGAUGCUUAAAAGGUUUAUUCCCAAGCUAAGCACCUUCUGGAUUUUAAUGAGUGGAUGUUGGUUUUCUACUUUGUAUAUUUUUUACACUUGGAAAGACGAUUUGAAAUGGCUCUGGUAUAAUUCUACACACUACGUACUGGGAUAUAUUCUGAUCCUUGGAUCUGUUAGUUUUGCUCUUUGCUACAUGUACGGUCCACUGAACAGCGAGACAAGCAGGAACCUCCUGAUGUGGACACUACAGCUUCUAGGGUUAAUCUUCAUUUAUUUUGGUAUGGCCAUCCCACAGGUCGCAUAUGCAGUAAUCGCUGCCAUGGUUGGUUCAAAAUUCCUGCAUUAUCCUCUUAAAGUAUUCCGUUAUACUGUCAGGAAAGGGACUUGCUUAUUCAGAUCAAAAAAAGCAGAAUUUCGUUAUCUGACAGAAGAUGAGUAUCAGGAACAAGGUGAAACAGAGACCAUCAAAGCCUUGGAGGAACUUCGUACAUUUUGUAGAAGUCCCAAUUUCCCCACGUGGAUGGCAGUGGUCAGGCUGCGGUCCCCACAAAAGUUUGCAAACUUUGUGCUAGGAUGUCCUCACGUGUCUCCUGAAGAAAUGACCAACCAUGCCCAAGAGUAUGGCAUUGGAGGAACCCACCUAGAAGAGCAGCUUUUUAAUGCAGAGACUGAGGUGGAACCAGAUGAACAAAGUGUUUCCAUUCAGGAGGAGGAGAGAAAUGACGAGGAAGAGGUUCAAAGGCAGCAAAGACAAAACAGUUUCCACUUUCACAGUACAGAGUUUCUUUGAACCACACUGCCAAGAUAAGGUGGGGAAAAUUCCCCACAGUUGCAAGUACGGAGAUAGGGAACACAGUUGGAAUAUUCUGCUUUGUGAACUGAAGGGGGCAGCCAAGACUUUCUGAAGACUUAAGUGCUAGGGAUGUUGGAGGAACAAGUGAAUUUGGAUCUAACCUGCACAUUCUGCCCAGGCCUGGCUUUUUCUGAGGCAUGUGGAUCUUGUUUUUAACUAUUGAGGGAAUUGUGCAAAAUCAUGCUUGUGCUAAUAUGCAUGACUACUUGCACAACUGGGACUAAGUUUUUGUACAGCAGAGAAGAAAAUCAUUUUUAUCAGUAAGCAGGCAAUCCAUAAAACAGAUUUAAGAGAGCUAACGAAAUCCAUACACUCCUACUUCAUAUUGCACUAGAAGUGUCGAUUCUUUUAAUGAUAACAGAGAUCUUGAGGGACUGUAUGCAUUCCCAAAAGGAAAUGGAUCUAGCCAACUUAUCUACAAAGUGAAGGUUUUUAAUUCUAAAUUGGACACCUGCAGGUAAAGCCUCCAGACUUUACAUGGACUUUAAGGUUAAAGCUAUUUGCAGUUCAUCAUUUUAACUAAAUCAGUUGCCCUAAAGGAUAGGACAAACUAAAGUUAUUGCCUUGGUUUUAAGGUACUUUGUGUGGAGUUAGGAGGUUCAUGUAGAAGCUCUGUAGGGUUCGGUGAUAAUCUGCCCUGUAUCAUAUCCUGUCUCUUUCUGAAUGAGUAUGUAAGCAAUGAUUUCUACAGCACUGCAGGGUUUGCUAUUGAGCACAAAAAUCGGCAUCUUCAUCCCAGGUAUUUUUCUCUCAGGUCUCUACUCCUCAAGUCUGAAAAGAUAAAUUUCCAACUUUAUUUACAAGCAAUGCCUAGCAACUUCUCAGAAGCAGAGUGGGCCUUCUGUGAACUCCAUAGUAUCUUUCCUCUUGGUUAGCAAUAGGAAUAUUACUUAUGUAAACAUAAGCACUUUUGUAUACAUUUUACAGGUUGCAAAACAGCACCUCCUGACACACACACUUUAUUUUUUAAAACAAAUCUUGCUUUGCAUGGAAACGCCAUACAUUUUUUGAGAGUAGCCAUACAGGCUGCAUUCUGUGUUCUAAAGCAGUUCAGGCUGUGUCACUUCAGAGUAAUUUUUAACCUUAUGCCAUUUUUCUAAGAGCAUACAGUUUACUGGCUCAGAUUCUAUCGCACAAUCCCAGUGUCACUUUUGUAACAUUGCCCUGUUCCGGAGUGGGAAAUGAGGCACUGAAAACAGUGCAAUCUCUCUGAAACAGAAAUGCUUUAAUGGUUCUGGUUGCUUCUCAUUGGUGCUGAAUGAUGUUGCCUUCAGUACAAUUAAACCACAUUAAUGGUGGAACCCCAUACAGGUUUAAUCAGAGUAGCCCCAUUAAUUUCAGUGGGACUUAUUCCUGUGUUAAUUAAGCACAGAAUUACAUUUUGAGUCAGCCCCUCCUCCCUUGCAAACCGUCUUUGGGCUAGUGGACACAUACUUCUUACUUUUGAGAAAACGCCAUGCAUGAUGUCACAGACUCACUGUGCUGUGGAGCGACCAUCCCAGAAAGGCUGCCAUGCUACUGCUGCAACUCCCCACACACUCAUGGCAAAGCCUUUGGGCUCAUGUGAAUCCCAACAGCCUUGUGGUAGAAGGUUGCUGGAUGGUUGUAAGCCAGCUGCUUCACUGUAUGACUGCCCAUAAGUAUCAAAAUAGGGAAUGGGCAUAGAGAGAACCUUUGCUGGCACCAAGAAAAGUGUGUGUAGAUGCCCACAAGCACCACACUGGGGACCCCACGUUUUAGGGGUUCAGAGCUUGCUUCCUAUGAGACAUAACCAGGGCUGCACAUCCAUGAAGGCAAGGAGCCCUGGUACUUUGCCCAGGACCUUAAGCUGGGAUGUCCACAGAGUUGGGCCAAAGUAUAAGCCGGGAGAGGUAUCAGUUUGCACUGCUAAAAUGUCAAACAUGGCAUGAUCAACCUUGGGUCCAAAUGGACACCAAUACAGUGUCAGUUCCAGUCCCAGCUCAAGGUGCUGAGUACCCAAGACUAGGCAAAUAAUUUAACCACCUAAAGCAGAAAAUCCCACUGGUGCCUCUCUCUGGAAAUGUUAUUUCAUACUCAUUACAAAAUGAUUUGUUACCCUUUCAUGUUCCCACAGAUCAGCUGCUUGAGUCAGCCCCUGCCUCAAACAGCAGUAGAGGGAGAGAAUUAGAAUUGGGAUGGGGGAAACCUGAGCUUCUCACAGAGGUUAUUCCAUCCAGCUACCUCUGAGCAACAGAAAAAUUCAUCUUUACAAUCAAGCAGUUUAAAACACAAUUUAUAGGUA